AUGAAUAUGUUCGGCACGACAGGCGGUUCCGGAGACUCACCAGCAAGGUACCCGAUUGCGGCAAAUCAAGGGCGUGACCCAUUAACACGAGGAUACGCAAGUACUAUCGGUCACCACGGAAGCUUUGGGUCAAGACCGAUUGUAAAAAGUCGAGAGGCAUGUUGGGUUGUCGGCGGCCAAGACAUGACCCAACAUUGGCAGUCCGGAGUCCCCAUGUGCGAUGAACCAGGUCCGGACUGGAACAACACUGGAGACUCAAGCUCCACGCUAGAUAUGCGGGCCGACAAGCAAGAUCAAACUCCUCAUAUACCUGCAGCGAUGGGACACAAUGAUCAGCACUCGUAUGGGGCGGAUUGGUCUCCAAGUGGAUUGGGGAACGAGCCAGUGCUGCCGAAUCCUCGAUCUGUUCUUCAAGACAAACGGCAUCCAUUGCCGAUCAUUAGCAUCAAGCCACCGAGUGGCGAAUGUGGAGUGAGUGACUCCGGAGACGCAAGCGCGUGGUCAUCAUACACCUAUGCAACAGCAACCAGAUCAACAUUGCCAAGGUACUAUACUCCAAGAUCUGAGGUAGAUUUGGGAAAUUGGUCAGGCUUGCAUCCUUCCCUGGAGGGAUACGGCCAGGCUUCCUCAUAUCGACGGUGCUCGACGGGGUCGAUAGCGUCCGCGCCGGACCGAAUCCAAAUGAGUGCGUUCGAUCACACGGUAAAUCCCGCGGAGUGUUGUGGCUGGCCGUCUCCUAGUGAGUCUUCCAACAUGUCGGACCUGCAGGAAGUCCAGCAGUUUCAGUACGACUAUUCUAUGAGUCCAUCAGCAACGAGCAUGACUCUUGAGGCUUCUGGACCAGAUGAAAGUCGCGUAAGGUGCUCUGAGCCUGGAUGCCGUGCCAGAUUCCAAGGGACCUACGCGAAGGGAAGUCUUGCACGCCACCGGCGUCUGAAGCAUGGUAGCUACCAGCAUCAAGAGGGGCGGGAAUAUGUUUGUGAAGAGCCUGGAUGUUCGAGGAGCUACAAACGCCAAGAUGCACGCUUGAAGCAUUAUCGCAAGGCCCAUCGCCACCUCGCCCCUGGCCCAGCGUUGUCGCGUUCGAAGUAUCAGUCGAUGUGAUUGUGCUGUGGCAUGUAAACCAAGCUCUUUACUGUUAUCGUCAAGAUCGUUGAGCUGAUGUUGAAUCAGUCGUUACGUCAAAAUACGCUCAAUGAUCUGAACCGAUUUGGAGGAUCUGUCCUCGGUCGCCUAUGUCCGCACAUUCUUUUGUC